AUGUCCGACUUACGGUCGCCGACCGUCCAUCCUCUGCUCUCUCUUACUAAGCUCAAUUCUGCUCCAACUCCCACGCUGUCCAAGAUUGAUGAAUUGUCUUCUCAGACUGCCGACGUCCCGGCGCAUCCAAGCUAUCAAUAUGGUGUGAAUGGAACUUCACCCACAGUGGAGAGAGGUCAGUCAGCUCGAAGCCCAUUGAACUCCACAUAUCUUUUGGAUUCACCCCGCGAUGGUCCACUUGGAUCCUUCUCAACUUUCUCAACAGUAGGGCGUAAUUCUGCGGCUGCAUCACUGCCUUCAUCGCCGGCAUUUCUACCAAAAGGCCAACAAACCUUCCACGCUCAUAAAAAGAGCGCCUUGUCAAUCGAAGCGAUCCCCAAACAAACCAUUAUUAAAGCACUCGCAUCUGCUGGGCGAAACCACAACCCACACAACCUGUCUCUCGGAUCGUCAUACAAAGAGAUGGCCGCUCUAGCAGCUGAACGACCCGGCACGGCUUCAUCGCAAAAAUUAUCAGCAGCUCUUACAGACCUUGCCGGUCGAAAUGGAUCCCCAAACACUCCUCGCUUCGCGGCGUUGCAAUCGCCAUGUUUUUACCACGAACGAUUCGAUGAUGCCGUAAACAUUGAUAAGGUUCUCGAGGAAAUCAAGGAAGACGAAUUUAUGUCACACUCGCGCUUAAUGCAGACAGCGACAGGUGUUCGGGAGGUGUCGAAACAACUACAACGUCGCCCGAUUAAGAGGGCGGUCCGCACCGUUAUGAUUGUGACUAAAGCCCGAGACAACCAACUGGUGACCUUGACCAAAGAUCUAGCCCAUUGGCUUAUGAGCACUCCCCGGUAUGGAUCCGAUUUGGGCGUUACUGUCUAUGUGGAUGCCAAACUACGGAAUUCCAAGCGCUUUGGUGCUGCGGAUAUGAUCGAGGCUCAACCUCGUUUCCAACACCUUUUGAAGUAUUGGUCGCCAGAUCUCUGCUGGAGCCAGCCGGAGAAGUUCGAUUUGGUACUUACCCUUGGCGGAGACGGAACGGUUCUGUUUACUUCUUGGCUGUUUCAACGAAUUGUUCCCCCGAUUUUGUCCUUCAGUUUGGGGAGCUUGGGUUUCCUUACCAACUUUGAAUAUGAUCGAUUCAGGGAGCACCUGAACAAGGUCAUGGGAGAAGAUGGCAUGCGGGUCAACCUACGUAUGCGUUUCACAUGCACUGUCUACCGAGACGGAGUUGGUCAAGACAUGGAGGAGGGUGAGCAGUUUGAGGUUCUAAACGAGCUCGUUAUCGACCGUGGACCAUCUUCUUACAUCUCUAACCUCGAGUUGUACGGAGACAACGAACUUCUUACAGUUGUUCAAGCCGAUGGUUGUAUCUUUUCGACACCCACAGGCUCCACCGCAUACUCACUGUCUGCUGGUGGAUCUCUCGUCCACCCAGAUAUUCCCGCCAUUCUUCUUUCGCCUAUUUGCCCUCAUACUUUGUCUUUCCGCCCCAUGGUUCUUUCGGAUUCUAUGCUCCUCAGAGUAUCAAUUCCUCGAAAUUCCCGUGCCACGGCCUAUUGUUCCUUUGACGGGAAGGGUCGUGUCGAACUCAAGCAAGGCGAUCACGUCACCAUCGCUGCGUCGCAAUAUCCUUUCCCCACGGUCACGAGAAGUGGUAAUGAAUGGUUUGACAGCGUUUCUCGAACCCUACGCUGGAACACCCGCGGUGCUCAACAAAAGGGUUGGGACGGAGCUGAGGAGAACGCUGAAGCACAAGUGGAAUGGGAUAUCGAUACCGACUCUGCAUGUUAUGGAAGUGAGGAUUCGAGCAUUAGUGCCUCGCCUUUGAGAAGACUAGGGAAGAUAUAA